UUAUACAGUGCUUGUCACUCAAAUUCGUUUAUGAGGUCAGGUUAGGCGCAUUUCUUUCUGAGUAGAAUUAAUUGAUCUAGAAAACAAACGUUUUAUUUGUAAAUGUUCGGAAAAUGUUGCUGUUUUAAGAUUAUUCAUGAUUGAUCUGUUCAAAUUUCAAUCCUAAUGUGUUUUUAGGCGUAGUCACAUAGUGAGUGGUUUAAGAAAAAAAGCGCUCAUCCAGUGAAAAACAAACGCAACGCGUCCAAGUGUGUCGAGAUUGUGCAUAGCUAGCUUCAUACAUAUGUUCGGAAGUAAGAUCCGGAACGUCAUCUCAGGUUACCUUUUCCGUCAUGAUCUACGCCGGCUGGGAUACUCUCGGGGGAUGUGUGGUAGUUUGGCUGUUGGCCCUGGUCAUUUUCAUGGCCUGGUUCCUCUCGACCUCGGGAACUCGAUACUGGCACUUCCACGAGCUACCGUACAUAGCCGGUAAGCCCCUGGUGGGGAACUUUUGGCCAGUUCUGUCGAUGAAGAAAAACACCUUCGAGCUAAUGGAAGAGUUGUACUGUGAUGCCAAAGUGGCCGGUAGUUCACUGUUUGGUGUCAGUAUCAUGAUGCAGCCCAGUGUGGUUCUGCGAGAUCCAGAGCUAAUCAAACAGGUGCUGAUCAAGGAUGCGGGUUGGUUCUGUAAUAGGCACAUGUGCACCGAUCCGGAGAGUGAUCCGAUCGGUUACUACAACCUGCUGAUGAUCAAAAAUCCCCACUGGAAACAGUUACGUACCUUUCUCACCCCAUCACUGAGCCUGAACAAGAUCAAACGAAUGUACGAACUGGUCGAUCAGAUCGGCAUAGACAUGAUCGACACACUGAAUACACUGCCCCAAAUCAACCUGAACGGAUCCCAGGUUCGUGAGACCGAAUUCAAGGAACUGUGUGCCCGAUUUACUACCGAUGUUAUCGCCAGCACAUUUUUCGGUAUUCGGGCAAACUGUCUCGGCGAUGAGGGGUCCGAGUUCCGAUACUACGGCCGUAAGAUCUUCGAGUACGGCGUUCAGCGGGGCAUUACAAUGGCUUCGUUCUUUUUCAUGCCCGAGUGGGUACCACUAUUGAAGUUCAAACUUUUCCCGAGGGAUACGGAAGCUUUCCUGAAGGUUAUCAUCGAGCGAGAAAUUUCACGGCGGGAAAAAAGCGAUGAAAAACGUGGCGAUUUCAUUGACUCACUGAUUGCCUUGAAAAAUAACGAUGCGAGCAUUGGAGUCGAUGAGAAAAUUCCGAUGAAAGGAGACAUUUUAGUAGCCCAAGCUGCCACAUUUUAUAUGGCGAGUUUUGAAACAACUUCUUCAGUAUUAUCUUUCUGUUUGUACGAGCUAGUUAAGAAUCCUCAAAUUCAAGAACGCCUGCGGGAUGAGAUUCGCCAAAGUUUACAGAAAUAUGGUCCAGAACUACCGUACGAAUGUUUAGUGAACGAAAUGUCUUACCUGGGAAUGGUGAUUUCGGAAGCUGCUCGUCUCUAUCCGGUACUACCCUUCUUGGAACGGCAAUGCUCUUUACCGGAUGGGGCAACCGGUUACAAACUGGAUCCCUUCCAUAGUUUUGUUAUUCCCAACAAAAUGCCAGUUUUGGUUCCGAUUUAUGCAAUCCACCGGGAUCCCAAAUUUUUCCCAGACCCGCUGUGGUUCAACCCAGAACGAUUUGCCAAGGAAAAUCAAGAUAAGAUUGUUCCCUGCAGUUACAUGCCAUUCGGAGUAGGACCACGGACCUGUUUGGGGUCACACUUCGGAACGCUACAGGUGAAAGUUGCCAUCGUUAAGCUGCUGAGCCGCUUCCGAAUGGAUCGAUCCCCGUCGACUCCGGACACUUUGACCUACAAGAAAAAUACCUUCACUUUACAUACCAACGAAGGUCUGUAUGCGUAUUUGGUGGAAGAUAGUCUAUUCUGAUGACACUUCUAAAGAAAUUAUGGAAAGGCGUUUCGAAGCAAUAAUUAAAAAUCAAAUUUGCCGAUUCUAGCGUUUAUUAUGAUUAUAUUGUUGUCAUACUAUAAAUAGCUUUAUAUAAUUUUAUAUUCGGUUGAAGAUUUAUAUUCAUGUUUGAUUCUACUCCGUCGAAUAAAAUAGUUAAGUUAAAUUCUGAAAAA